AUGUCCACUAGCGAAAGGUCAAAUUCAUUACCACCUGAUUAUGUUCUUGUGCCUAAUAGACUGCAUCAUAAUGUAUCGAAUUGGUCACUCUGCGAUUUAGAUAAGAUAGUCAGUGCUCUAGAAAGAGAUAAUAUGCUAUCAAUGGACGAGUUACAUCUACUUUUGCCUAACAUAAAACCGGAAGAGAUUGAUCAGCUUAUAAAUUUUUGCCUUUCAAAUAACAAAGCUGACUUCCCCGAUUAUAUAGAAUCCGAUCCCGUUGUCUUUGAAGAAAAUUCUCUAGAGAUAGCGAAAAAUAGCAUUAGGGCCGUUUCUUCACCUUUACUUGCUCCUGGAUCAGCCGUUUCUUCGGUUUUAAGCGAUAUCGCCAAAAACGAGUGCGAUAAGGAAUUGGCAACCAUGUGCAAUGCGAAAAAUUUAUGUGGACAAAGGGGUCUGAUUUCGCCUAAUUACGCUCGAAUAUACACUUAUUUAUCAGAUUUAUUCAAUUCUUCACAUUCGGGGCAUAAUCUUGAAAACCAAGAUAUUGUGGCUAUAGUCGACAUGAUCUAUUGUCUUCUUCAAUCAGCGGAUUACUUGGUGAAUCAAGUUUCUUUCUCUGAUUUGGAUCUUGCUUUUUCCGAUAUCAUGGAUAAAAUUGGAAUCCUUUUGUCUGCCAUUUCUAGUUCAUAUCAUCAUCGUUGUGUAUUUUUGAAGAGAAUGACGAACCUGCCCAUUUACGACAUCGAGAGUCUUGUGGAAAAAUUUCCCACUGAUAGCAUUGCCAUGGCAAUGUGUCGAGUGAACUCGUUACCGUAUACUGCGCCUAUGCUAGUAAUGAAAGAAACCCAGCUUCCUUGUGAUAUCACGAAGUGCUUGCGUUUGAAAGCUGCUGUCAGGAAUAAGUUUGAGGAGUACUGGGAUUUUAAAUAUUUUAAUGAAGAUGAUGGUGUGGAGAAGGUGCAGAAGGAGUUGGCAGCUUUUUCAGUAAAUCCCUUUGGAUUGUCAAUGGAAACUGUGCCCUCAUUACAGAAGUACUUUGACUCUCUCAACUCGUCCAUGAGUCAAUUUGAGAAAGCCGUCUCUUCUCGUGCCGCUUUGUCUUCAUCUGUGGUUAAUCCUGAUUCCAAUUCGGUACACAGGUCUCUGAUUCAAUCUGCUGCUAAACUCAUUGCCAAAUGCCAGCCCUGCAGAAACGGCUUAGUAAGGCGUGUGAGUGAACCUGUCGAUCGAAGUGAAAUUGACAAGUUCUUUAAAACUUUGAAUGUUUCGCGUACGAUUGCCAAACCCUUAACUGAGAGAAGGAGGUCCCAUUCUAAAAAUUCUUCAACCUCGUCAGGUCAGCCUCCAUCGAAGAUGUACAAAAGAGUUCCCUAG